AACGCAUUCAUAGUGAGGAUCUUUAUGCUACAGCAUAACGCUUGUAACAGUGAAAAGGGCUACCAAUCAUGGAUUCCCAGGAUGAAGUUCCAUUUCACAUUGUCACCCCACUGAAGGAAAGCUCCUCAUUGUCUAAAUGGGCUGGAACCCGGGUUCUUAUGAAACUGGAGAACAUACAGCCCAUGGGCUCCUUUAAGAUACGUGGUAUAGGACACUUUUGCCAAAAGCUAGCUAAGCAGGGAUGUAAGAAAUUUGUCUGCUCCUCAGGAGGAAAUGCUGGACUAGCAGCUGCAUACGCCUGUAAUAAACUGGGGCUGCCUGCCACAAUCGUUGUGCCCGAACAGACGUCGCAGAACAUCAUCCAAGGACUGGAGGGUCUUGGAGUCGAAGUGGUGGUAACAGGCAAGGUUUGGGAUGAUGCUAAUGCCCAUGCUCACCGCUUGGCUGAUGCUCCAGGCUCUGUGUACAUCUCACCAUUUAACCAUCCUCUGCUUUGGGAAGGUCACUCUAGUCUGGUGCUAGAACUGAAAGCAGCUUUGGGGAAUCAGAAGCCAGGAGCUCUUGUGGUUUCAGUAGGGGGUGGAGGUCUCCUUGCUGGAAUAGUAGAAGGACUUACCAGAGUUGGGUGGUCUGAUGUGCCCAUCAUUGCCAUGGAAACAAUGGGAGCCCACUGUCUGAAUGCAGCCCUUGAAGCUGGAAAGCCAGUGACUUUACCUGACAUUACCAGCAUUGCCAAGUGCCUAGGUGCAAAAACAGUAUGUGAUCGAGCUCUGGAGUGUGCAAGAAAAUACAAAGUUAUUUCUGUGGCUGUGGAUGAUGUGGAGGCAGUACGAGCCAUAGAGAUGUUUGUGGAUGAUGAACGGAUGCUGGUGGAGGCUGCAUGUGGAGCUGCUCUUGCUGCUGUAUAUUCAGGACACAUCCAGCAGCUGCAACAAGAGGGCAAGUUAGAACAGCUACAAGGACCAUUGAUAAUGAUAGUAUGCGGGGGAAGUUCAAUCAGUCUCUCUGAGCUUAAGAACUUUAAAUCCCAACUGGGAAUGGUCUAAUCCUUCCAAAUAAAAUGAUUUGAACCAGUGUCUGUUUUGCAAGAACAGUUGCUUGGAAUGUUUUAGCAGACUGGCAAUACUUAGUUUGUGCACAAGAGGGAGUCAAGCCACAAAUAAACACUGUCGAUAAUAUGAGAACAAAACGUUUGCAAGAUUUCUAUUAACCUCUGACCUCAUUUCGAGCUAUUGAUCAAUAGAACGCUCUCGUAUUUUUUUCUAUACCUUCUGGACUUUUCAUUUCUCCUCUCCCUGACUUGCCAGUUUUCCCCAGCACCAGUCUUUCUGUCUCUCCUCUUGCUUGCCUUGAUAAAUUUCCUUCCAGCAUGAGUCCCCGUGCAGAUUCUCUUUGGGAUCAGACCCCUAUAAAUCAUAACUCUCCAGCCAAUAUCUUAUGUAAAAAGGUUCCUCAGGGCUGGGAAAUCCUAUUACCAGAAGCACCAUUAAUUAUGGCAAGUCAGCUUUCCCUCCAGCUGUAAUAUGUUAUCUGCAAACCCUGUAGUCCAGUCUCUGGCCUUCCCCACUGCAAGUGCUGGAGGGGAUGCAGAGAACACGUUGGAGAAAAUCAAUGCAAAGCCACCAAUGUACACUAUCUAU